AUGUUCCGCCAAUCUCGACCGGGGCAAAAAAACCAGAGAAGAUGUAACAUUUGUAAUGAAGGAGAAGGCAAAUAUUCCUGUUCUGCGUGUUUUUUGCCUUACUGCUCUGUAGCAUGCUACAAAAAGCACAAAGAACUCGAUGAAAAUUUCAAACACGUCGGUGUAGACUCUUCUGUUCUCGAUGUUCCCUCCUUGAAACCCCUCUCCUCCUUGAAAUGGCCCUAUAUUGCUGAUGAAGAACCAAUACAUCCAGACCCUUUGGAAAGGAAUGAUCCCAAGCCACUUAGGACAAGGCAUUAUGAAGCAAUCGCAACAUCCCAGGAAGUCCGAAAAGCCCUCCUCGUGCCAUCGACUGUUAGUGGGCAACCUGACCAACCAAAUAUGACCCUCCGUGCGCUCCUUGUGUCUAUCGACAAGCUCUCCGGUGUUGGAAGGGAACGUGCGAUACAAUGUGCUUUGGGUGCUGAUGAUGGGAGAAACAACGAUGAACUUCGGCAAGGAGUACUUGCGCUGCGCACGUUAGCGGAGGCGAUCGAAGGUACUUUGCGAGGAAAGACGAAUGGAACAUUAUCCCUGGACUGGGAAUAG